AUGUGCACCGAAUGGGCCUGGGAAUACAAAUGCGGGCAUAGGAAGCCCGAAUCCGACGCGGUGACAAUGAGACAGAAUGAUAAUUGUCGAGAUAAUCUACCGGAGUUUUCGAGGGAGUGUAGGUUUUACAGUAUGGAGUAUACGACGUUUCAGGAGGAGUGUCCGGAGUGUGAGGCGGUGAGGGAGGAGAAGAGGAGGAGGGAGGAGAGGGAGAGGGAGGAGGAGAGGAGGAGGAGAUAG